UCAUAUUUCUUGCACGUAAAGAUACACUCUCUUUUUCUGUGAUUUUUCUUUUUGAUUUAUUUUUAACAUCGAAAACCUAAAAAGAGCCUCUACCAAGAUUUUUGCCUGAUGCAGGGUUUGGCGGCGACCACCACCGCCACCAACCGUGGCUCUGUUACUUUUCUCGCUUCCAGAUAUAGCAGGAAGCAUCAUCAUAGUCCAAUCCUAAACAAGUAUGUGAACCAAAAGGUGUCUUUCCCCAAGUUCGAUUCUUCCCCGAACCUGAAACUGUCAGCAGACUCAAGAUGUCCCCGUCAGAUUGCUCCUCUUUCAGCAACCGCACCUGUGGAGUUUGCAUCAGCAUCAUCUAACCAUCUCUUUGCUCACGGCUUGCCACCGUUGACUGCCGGUUUUGGGAGACGCCAGAGACCAUUAGAGCCUGCGAGAGCCUUCAAAGAUGACUUCUUCAAAAUCAAACUGCCUAAAAUCGCAGAGAGACCUGAGUGGUGGUGGAGGACACUGGCUUGUAUCCCUUACUUGAUAUCCCUCCAGAUAUCUGACGUUGGUUUCUACGUCCAGCCUUUCCUAGAAAAGUACGACGCCAUCGGAGACAUGAUCUACUUCAUCCCCGGAGCGAUUAACAGAUGGCCGAGCUGGUUCUUCAUGUUGUACUGCUACUUGGGUUACAUGUUCGUGGUCAAGAACAAAGAGCUGCCUCACUACUUUAGGUUUCACAUGAUGAUGGGUAUGCUUCUCGAAACGGCUCUUCAGAUCAUUUGGUGCACCAGCAACUUCUUCCCGUUGAUUCAUUUCAAAGGAAGGCUUGGGAUGUAUUACUGGAUGGCGAUUGGGUUUACGUAUAUCUGUCUGCUUCUUGAAUGUAUACGGUGCGCUCUCGCUGGGAUUUAUGCUCAGAUUCCGUUCGUGACCGACGCUGCUUCCAUUCACACUCUCUUCAACUUGGGAGGCUUUUCGAGGCCACUCAGGUGAAAAGGUGGUCCUCUGUGGUGUUGCACACUUGAAGUAAGAGAGAGGUUGUUGUUGUGUCUUAUCAGUUCUAAGAGACUUGAGCUUAGAGUCAGUGUCUCAUGUGUAAAACAGAAAGAACUCUCUAUGAGUAGCUUAAAUCAAUAUUUUCUUAAUGUCAAAUAAAUCGGUUGUAGUGGCCCAUGGUUUGAAAGCAUGUCUUUUUUGGUUUU